AUAGAAAGACUCUAGUGAUUUCUUUAUAGUUCUUUUUUGUAUUUUUCUUGUUUUUUUUUAUUUUUGUUUUUGUUUUAUAUCUCCUCGAGAAAAAUUGUCUCUCUCUCUUCUUCGCGCUGUUGGUGUGUUGUUUCCGAUCUUCGUGGGAAUUGUUGUUUGUUUUAUAUAUAUAUAUAUACACACACACACAUAUAUAUAUAAUAUAUAUACAGGAUGGACGGUCCAGCGGUGUUGUCGAUGCCACCGUUGACCGGAAGUCAAAAAUCCAGCGGACAAUCGUCGCAAUCGCAAUCACAUUCAAAGCCAAAUCAAGAGUUGCAGGUUGGUACCGUAUCGCUUUAUGGGAUUCACAUCGUUUCAUUGGUCAUCGAAGGACAGGAAAGGCUUUGCUUAGCACAAAUUAGUAAUACCUUGUUGAAGCAAUUCAGCUACAACGAAAUACAUAAUCGUCGUGUAGCGUUGGGUAUUACGUGCGUACAAUGUACACCGGUUCAGUUAGAGAUACUGCGUCGUGCUGGUGCAAUGCCGGUGUCCUCGAGAAGAUGCGGAAUGAUAACUCGGAGGGAAGCCGAAAGGCUUUGUAAAUCUUUUCUCGGUGAUAACGCACCACCCAGAGGAAGAAAAAGUGUUGGGAUUGAUCACAGGUUACCGGAAGAUUUCGCAUUCUCUGUUCACCACGAGUGUGCCUGGGGUUGCCGUGGUGCAUUCCUGCCGGCACGUUAUAACAGUUCAAGGGCAAAGUGCAUCAAAUGCGCUUACUGCGGUCUCUUCUUUUCACCGAACAAAUUCAUCUUCCAUUCGCAUAGAAUCGGCCCGUCGGACAAAUACGUACAACCGGACGCGGCCAAUUUCAAUUCGUGGCGCAGGCAUAUGAAAUUAUCUGGUAAUCCGCCGGACGAAGUGGUACACGCUUGGGAAGAUGUUAAGGCAAUGUUCAAUGGCGGCACGAGAAAGAGAUUAUUGAGUAAUCCGAAUGCAAGGGAAUCACCUAGCCCGGCUAAACAAUCAAGAUCAUCGCCGACCAUGCCGGUUUCCACUCUCGUAUCAUCGCCGACGCAUCCAAGAGUACCACCAUUUCCGGAAUUACCAUUACCAUUGUCCAGGAGUCUCGUUAUGGAUUACGUUUGGCAUCAACAUCAACAGGCAGCUGCCGUGGCUGUAGCCAAAAGUCCGGGAUUUGCAUUUCCACCGUACGCAUUACCUUGGCUUGCCAAAAGAAGCCCGGUCCUAUUUCCAGGACCAAUGGCACCACCGAUAAGUGGUUCCAGCCCGACCGAACCUCAACUUUUACCAACGAUGAAUCCUCCGUUACAUCAGUCCGCAUUUCGACCAGUGAUUCGUGGUCCACCGAUCGGUGAACAAGCACUCGCUUCGCUUCAAGAAACGUCUCAGGAUGGCAAUUCAAAUGGCAAAGAGGAAAACUCAGACGACGAGGUCGACAUAGAAACGACCGAGGACGAUCCAGGGACGCCACUUAACGCCACCCUUCACAAUCUUCAUUCAGCUACGAAUUCUGGUAUCGCUAGUCAUUCCACUGGUAGAAACGUAUCUCCUCAAUGUUGGAGUCCACCUCGGGAAACGGAACGAGAAGCAGAAAAAAUAGCGGAAGAAAGUGCGUCCCUGCGUGACAUCAAAGCCGAGCCAAUAGUAUCAAGAAAUCCUGAAACAUGGAACGGCGGAUCAUUUUAUCGGCACUUAAAUAUACUCAAGGGAAAUGAAUCGACGGAGAGAGCUACAUCCGAUUGUUCGGCCUGUCGUCCACGUGGUAUAUUUUACGGACAGAUGCAUAGUCCAUCAGCACCGACAAAUUAAAUCGAGGCUCGAUUUAAAGAAGAAGAAGAAGAAGAAGAAGAAGAAGAAGAAGAAGAAGAAGUAGGAGAAGAAGAAGAAGAAAAAGAACGAAGGAACGAACGAAUGAACGAACAAAACGAGAAAAGAAAAAGAAGAAAAUAAUCGAUUUUCGUCGUCGUUGUAUUUUCUUCCUCGUUCGAUUUGGAAAUUUUGGAAGUUUUCAAGAAAAAAAAAGAAAAAAAAAAAGAAAAAGAAGACAUAAAAAAGAAGGACGAAGGAAAAAAAGGAAAGAAAAAGAGAAAUCGUCUCUCUUUCCCUUCGUCCUUCUCACGAAAUUCUCAUCGUAUCUCAUAUCGACUCUCUCGUUAA